AUGUCGAGAGGCUGCACGACGAUGCCGUUAAGACACGGCCGAGCGAAGAGGAUGGUUCUGUUGGGCUUGGUCCUACUCGCGCUUCUGGACACUGUGACCGGUAUACCGUACAAGAGAUCGUUGUUACGGCUGUGCUCGAAGAGUCUCAGCGACGCCCUGUACCUUACGUGCAAAGGACGUGGAUACAACGAGCCGUUCUCGUACAGUGGCGAGGACGAUCCGCAGGACACGGACGGGCCGGGGCUGGCGGAGGAGUGCUGUUACCGUCAGUGCUCUUAUACCCAGCUAGAACAGUACUGCAAGCCGAGCAAUUCUAGUCCCGUGGACGCCGUGAAGAAGCCGGUCUGGAUAGUAAAUUCAGCGAAUCCCUCCGUCAGGCCGGAAACGUCGUCGGAGGAGAGAUCGAGAUCUGCUAUCGACUACGUCGCCGGCACGAUUAAGUGUAGGAUCCACGGGUUGAAAGGGGCACGGAAGAAGGGAACUAACCUGAAUCGCGACGAUGUCGUUGGCUGCGAUGGCAAAGGCUCGAUGAAGAGGCAUCGCAGCGGCCAUUGCGUGUGUCGACAUCGACGACCGAAGCGUCGACGUCUUGGCAAGAUAUUAGAAAGAACAUUGGCCGAUAGAUCUUCGAGGAGCGAAGCUGUAAGCGCGCCAGCGUCAACGAACAAGGGUUCGCCGUUCCCUUAA